AUGCGCUGUCUCAGCUUCGCAAUCGCCCUCCUGGCGCUCUUCACAGGGAUCUACAAGUUCCUCGACGCCCGCCUGGAGCAGUUCUACAUCUUCGACCACCACCACCUGCACGAUCUGUCCCAGCGCGCGAUCGCUGCCCACGGCGAGGACACCGGUGCUAUUGUCAAGUACAUCGUCUCGGAGCUGGAGGAGAAGGUCGGCGCCACGAACUUGAACUUUGAGCAGGAAUGGGUCUUCAACAACGCCGGCGGCGCAAUGGGCGCUAUGUACAUUAUCCACGCUAGUAUCACCGAGUAUCUCAUCAUCUUCGGCACCGCCAUCGGAACUGAAGGUCACACCGGUCGCCACACCGCCGACGACUACUUCAACAUCCUCACGGGCACUCAACUCGCCUACGUCCCCGGUGAAUACGAGCCCGAGGUCUACCCUGCCGGAUCCGUCCACCACCUCCGCCGCGGCGAGGUCAAGCAGUACAAGAUGGAUUCCAAAUGCUUCGCCCUUGAGUACGCUCGCGGCUGGAUUCCUCCUAUGCUCUUCUUCGGUUACGCCGAUACGUUCUCCAGUACCCUGGACUUCCCGACUCUGUGGGCUACCUCGCGCAUCACUGGACGCGAGAUGAUCGCCAACCUCCUCAAGGGCAAGAUCUAA